GGCAGUAAAAAUCUGUUUAGCUUUUCCUCCACUGGGUGAAGAUGUUUCGGAGUGUGUGUGUGCCAGUGGCAUUGCUGACACUCCUGAUUCUCACAUCUGAGGUGUCCAGGGGCCAGUCUUGUCCAAGGAGCUGUAACUGCUAUCAGGCCAAUGAAGUCCAUUGUACCUUCCGUUCACUUCUCACCAUACCUCCUGGUCUGCCUGCACACACACGCCGCAUAAACUUAGGGUUCAACAGCAUCAGCAGGCUUCCUAACAGGUCUCUGGCAGGGCUGAGGAAGGUAGAGCUUCUAAUGCUUCACAGCAAUGACAUCCAUCAUCUUCCAGAUGAGGUGUUCAGAGAUAUGAAAUCUCUGCAGAUACUAAAGUUAAGCUAUAACAAGCUGAAAGAGAUCUCCUCAUCUCUGACCUUCUCUGGUCUGACUUCACUGCUUCGCCUGUACUUGGAUCACAACCUCCUCCAGCACAUCCACCCCCGGGCCCUGCUCCAGCUGCCUAGCCUCAGGCUGCUUCGUCUGCAAGGGAACAGGCUGCAUCAGCUGCACCCUCACACCCUGUGCACGUUGUCCCUCCUGAAUACAUAUUACUUUUCUACACUGAGACACUUAGACCUCUCCAACAAUAGUCUCACCACUCUUCCCAAAGACAGUCUAGCAACAGCACCUCUUUUGGAGACUCUCUUGCUGCAGGCUAAUCCCUGGAGUUGUGACUGUCGGAUGAAUUGGUUUCUCACUUGGAGUCUGUCUCACCCAGGCUUAAUGAAAUGCCCCGGCGGUCCUCAGUGUCCAGUUUGUGCCUCGCCUACUUCACUUCAAGGGCAGGGCUUGGUUGACCAGACAGCGUUAUUGUGCACUUCAGCUACCAUCUGCUCCCCAGGCAAAGAGACACCUUUGGAGACUGACCUCAGUGAAAUCCAAUCAAGUGAGACCUUCAGAGAGCCUUUAGGCAGCCUCUCUUUGGGGCUAUCUGACCAGCAAGGGAACAGUGUUGAUCUGAGCUGCAACAUAACUCACUCUACUGACUCCCAGGAUAUUGCUCCUCCACCAGAUCUCUCCCGGACCUCCUCCUCUCCUCUUCCCCUUGCUCUGUCACUCUACUUGGAAUGCCCUAUAGAGGGAAGGAGAUAUGAAACAUUGUGGAGGAUUCUGGCUUACUACAGUGAGACUGCAGCUCGCCUCCAAAGGGAGAUUAUGUUGAGCAAAGCCCCAACAUUGGCCUACCGCUACAGGCAAUCUGCAGAGACAGAUGGAUAUUAUCACACUGGAGUCAAAGCAUCUGUUAAAGCCAGACCACAAUGGCUACUACAACCAGCCAUUAGCAUUCAGCUAAACAGAGUGCAGUCUAGCAGUCAUAAAGUUCAACUUAUAUACUCAACAAGAGUUUCUGCUCAUCCUGAUCCUACCGCUCAUCUUUCAGCAACUUUCCCUGCUUCUCACCCAUGGGUGCUGAUUUCAACAAAUCAUACUUACACAGCACUAGCAGCAGUAGCAGGCAGUAAGGUAGAACUAUCUUGCCCUGUUCUUAGUUCUGGCAACUUCAAAGUACGAUGGAUUCUCCCAGAUGGAUCCAAGCUCAUCUCCCCCUCUAGCAGUUUAGAUGGAAGGCUUCAGGCUUCAGCCUUGGGAUUACUUCUACAAAAAGUACAAUUCUCUGAAGCUGGGAUUUACUACUGCGUCGCUCAGGCCGGAAGGGAUAUAGACGUUCUCCCCCUGCGCCUUGUGGUGGAGGAGUCCUCUGUUCCACACACAGGCGAGCUGGUUGGUCCAACUGUCACUGGAGCAGUUCGGGAAACUAUCAGUAUGUCCUGCAAAGUAUCUGGUUCACCAGAACCUUAUAUGAGUUGGAUUUUGCCGGAUGGAAAUGUAGUAAGAUGGGGGUUGGCUGUAUCAGGUGGAGUAAUGAUGCAGUCAAAUGGUAGCCUCUCUAUACUUAACCCUUCUCUGAGGGAUAUGGGUCAUUACCGCUGCAUUGCCAUCAACCAGUAUGGUAGUGACUCUAUGUCCAUGCAGCUAAAUUUAAAUUCACAACAUAUUUCUCCACUUGAGACUUCCUUUCCCAAUGGACCACAGUCAGCUUCCGGAAGGUCAACUAAAAUACGAGCCCCAUUAUUCAGUCAAGUGGAUGAGGGGUCAGGAGAUGAAGAGGAACAAAAAGAGCAGAGAACUUCUUUAGGCAACAGAAGAUUUCCAAAGCCUCUCCAACCACACCCAAACAGAUGGAAUCAAACUGGAAAACAUAGUCCUCAGAGAGAAGGCUCUUUGAAGAGGGGUGGAAGGCCAGUUUCAUUUGCUGACCAGCAAAGAGGUCGCUUUCAGAAUAGACACAGAGUUACUGGAAAUAAACAUAGAAUUGACCCUAAGAAAUGGGCUGACCUCUUGGCUAAGAUUCGCCAAAAGACUGCUAACACCACUGACACUCAAUUCAGCCCAACAGAAAACCCCACAACUGAACCUAUUCAAGGAACCAGAAAUAAAGACACGAGCGAACAUAAAGAAAGUGAUGGUACCAACAGAGCUCAGGAAGCAGGAGUAGGUGUUGAAACUGAGGGUUCAUCACUGGAUGAUUCUGUUCUAGAAGAACGCCCACAGCCCACUCAGACUGCCUAUAUAGACACACAAAGAAAAACAGAAGCAACAACAGACUCAAUGGUCUUGAGUGGCAAUGAGAGGUCAAAAGAAAAAGAAACUGACACUGAGACAGAGAUGCAUAUACAGACAGAGAAUACAGGCCCACAAACAGCAACACCAGUGACACAGAAAGAAACAGUCACAUCUAAUCAAAUGUCAGGAACAAAUGAAAUUCUUCAAGAACCAAGUGAGGAUAAUAAGCGAGGUACAAACCCCAACCCAGGUAGAACAAGGCCUCAAAAUCCUCGACAAGAAUUCUUUCCCAAUUUGGUCCCAGAUUCCCAGCCUCAAAGCCCCUGGUACUCACGCAGGAAGAUUGGCCAGCGAAGACGAAUCAACAGGCCCAGGGUCCGACCAGUGACCCCACCUCAGCCUCUGCCUGAACCUAUGAACCCAGGUUCUCAAACCAUACCACCUGACUUUACAGUUUCAACAUCUACACAUCCAGCUAUUUUGCUGAAAACAAAUAAUCGUAUCAUAACCACUCCAAAUAGUGUGGCUCUGAAUCCUCUGAGUCCCCCUGUUUCUGAUGCUCCUGAUAUGUCCACUUUAAAUUCGUCCUCAUCUUCGCUGACUCCCUCCCCCACCCACGCAGACACAUACACAGACGUGAUGACUCACUCAGUAAAGAUACCACAAACAGAGGAGUCCAUUUUUAAAAUCACACCAGCAAACACUCGUUCUAAUACUGUGAUUUCAGAAGCACGAGUGCCAGGCACACAUGAUAGGACACAUGGCACACAGAUGCACACAGAAACACAAACAACCUCAGGCAAACAUCCUCAGAGACCACCAAGCAAACAUCAAGAAGAGUUAGACAGGAAUGUCAUGGGUGAGUCCCUCUUUUCAACCACUCAGUCUUUCAUUGUUUCCACGGUCCCCAGUGCACCUUCAGCCAGCACCGCUGCUGCAAAAAUCAUAACAUCUCCUUCAGCUGCUCCCAAGAGAGUUAGCUAUGCUGGCAGCACUGAAAAUACAUCAGCCUUUAUGACCAGUGAGGACACAUUUCCUACAGCUACUACAAUAAGCCCCACUAUGUCUUCUUUAACCACAACUGUCAAUCCAACAUCCACUACUACCAAAUAUACUUCAGUUCCUCCCACCUCGACCACCACCACUACUACUACAACUUCUAUUAUUACCACCGCAACACCUACUAUUUCCCCUACUACAUCUACAACUGGGACUUCUACAACUACAAUUAACUUUAGUACAAUGGAUACCAGCUCUAUUACAAAUAGUGCCAAACUCUCAAUCACUAAUUUUCCCAGAACAUCUGCUAUAUUACAAACUACUAUAAGCAUGACUCCUCCAGCUACUACACUUCGUACUCCUUCUAGCACUACUGUAACGACAGCACCAACAAGUACCAAAGCUUCAUCCAGAGACAUGUCCACCACUGGCCAGCAAGUGAAGCUAAUUUCUGGAACUCCAAACCAGAUCCAAACCCCGACUGACUGGAAAAACUCUGGAGUUAACUCUAUUCCAGAUUCACACAGCAGCCGACCCCACCAGCCUUCGGACUCCUCCCUCCUUGUUGCUCCGAGGACUCCAGUUUUGAGAUCUAGACCAAGGAUUGCAGACCCACAUAUCAGAGCAGUGUCAUUUCCAGCAGAGAGCACUGCCAGGCUGGAAUGUGAAGCUCAAGGAGAACCAAAACCCUCCAUCACAUGGACUAAGGUUGCUACAGGAGCUGUGAUGUCAAUCCAUUCCUCUCAGCGUUUUAAAGUCUUGCCAAAUGGCACUCUUGUAAUUCAGAAUGUUCAGCUGCAGGACAGAGGCACUUACAUCUGCAUUGCAAACAGCUUCCUGGGACGUGACAGGCUGGUAACAACCUUGGAGGUCUGGACCCGCCCCCCUCGUAUGCAGCUGGCUAGUUACAGGGAAGUCACCAUUCAUCAAGGUGGGGAAGUUCACCUGGAGUGUCAAGCAGAUGGUGUUCCCAACCCUUUGUUGUCUUGGGUUUUGCCUGAUCAUUCUACGCUAACCUCUCCUGGGACCUCCUCCAGUCGAAUCAGCAUGGACACAAAUGGAACCCUUCAUAUCUCAGUGACUUUACCCAGUGACCGAGGAGUGUAUCGCUGUGUGGCCUCCAACUCAGCUGGUGCUGCCAGUUCCUCUGUGAGUGUUCACGUGUCCUCAUUGCCCCCCGUGAUGCAGCAACCCAGAGAGGAACACCUGCUCUUGUCUCCAGGGAGGCCUGUUUAUGCUCACUGCUCUGCUCGAGGUGCCCCACCACCAACUCUGCGCUGGCGAAUCCCAGAUGGGACCCUUAUUCGCCCAUCUCAGUUUCUCCAUGGCAACCUCUUUGUCUUGCCCAAUGGGACGCUGCAUAUUCGCAGGGUUGGGCCAAAGGAUUCAGGAAGAUAUGAGUGCACAGCAAUCAAUACAGUGGGGACUGAUAAGAGGACAGUGAGGGUGGAAGUUGAUGGGGGAGCUGAAAUAGAAAGACAACAUGAAGAAGAAAAAGAUAAAGAGGCAAAAAAUCUGGAUCUGGAAAAACCCUCUCAUUCAUCAUUUCUCACUAAAGACCAGACAUCAGAAAUCCCUAGCAUCCCCUCAGAUACACAGACCCCAAACCCUUCUCAGUUGUCCUUUAACUCAUCUCCUACAAUCAAUAAAGCAGUCACUGCCUCGCCCACAUUCUUUACCAACAUCAGGAACAUAAAUCCCUCUUCUAUUUUCUCACCUUCCCCUGUGUCAACAAAUAAAACCAAAGUCUCACUGAGUAUAAACAACACCAGAGUUGCUUCCUCUCUCCCUGCUGACAGAAAAGUCUCACCUAUUUUGCAGCCACUGCCUAUGUCCCCUUUCACAAACGCACAUAUUAUCUCUACAUCACCCAUUACUUCUAAUGUACAUUAUGGGGGGAUUUUGCAGCUUAACUGCUCUGUAACUGGCAACCCAAGCCCCAUCAUUAUCUGGAGGACCCCUAACAGGAAACUAGUGGACAUGCACUACAGUUUCGACAGACGCAUGACGGUGCAUCCUAAUGGCACCCUGUCAGUCCAGGCAGUAACAGAGAAGGAUGGUGGAGACUACCUAUGCAUUGCACGCAACAAGGUCUCAGAUGAUUUUCGUCGUCUGCAUGUAACUGUGGCCACGAAACCUGCCAAGAUCGAGCCAAAGCAGCCAAUCAAUCACAUGGUGUCAUUUGGUAAAUCACUGAAGGUGGACUGCCAGGCAACUGGACAGCCUGACCCAGCGGUCCGUUGGAGCCUACCAGAUGGAACCAUGGUGAACAGUGUGUUGCAUGGGGAGGACAGAGGGGUGCGAGCACGACGUCUUACUGUGUUUGACAAUGGAACGUUACUGGUUCCAGCUGUGAGUGUGGAAGAAGAAGGCGAGUAUACUUGUUAUGCUGAGAAUCGAGGAGGUCAAGAUACUAUGAAGGUCAAAGUAAAGGUUAUGAUGACAUCUCCACCAACCUUCACUGAUGACAGAAGCCACCAUGUUAUCAGAGUACGUGAGGGACAAACUGCCACCAUUCCUUGCAAGGCUGCUGGAGACCCUUCACCAACAGUGACGUGGUUCUCCCCUGCACGUCGUGUCAUCCCACAGAGUUUGGGAUCUAGUUAUUAUUCUGAGCGGGUUGUUGUAGUCUCAGGUAGAACGCUUGAGGUCCGUUCAGCCCAAAAAAUUGACACUGGAAACUAUACGUGCCAAGCAAGAAAUUCAGCCGGGGAGAGGAGCAUGGUAGUGAGAUUAGAGGUGGAGGCCUCAACACUUGGAACUAGUGGCCAUGUGGGAGGAGGUAGACGUUGGAGUAAUAACAAUGAUCGUGGCAGCAGUCAUGGAAUUAGAUCAGGAGGCUUUAGUACUGGGACUGCCAGGUAUGGUUUCACGCAUGGAUACACAAGCAAACUGAGCAGCAAUAACAGCAGCAGCAAUAGUUAUAUUGAUAGUAGUGGUAGAACAAAAAAUGUAGUAUCAAAUUCAGAUGUUAACCUAACUAAUGGUGGAUUUAUACCUGCCUUGAGAAAUGAGAGUCAAAAUGGGUUUAAAAGGCCUGUGAAUGCAAUUACAACGCAACCAGGUCCCAGUGGAAUCAAUUUGGGGUUGAACAGGGCACAGAAUAUUGGUAUGACAGCAGAUAGUACUAAAAUAAAUGUAAUUGGACCUGGGUUUACAAGUAGUGACAAAAGUUUAGGUAACAAUCACAGCACAAAUAAAAGCAAUAGUGGUGAAAGAAAUCCAGGGCCUAAUAACAACGAAGUUAUUGCAGGUAGGAUAGGUAAUGAUGCUGAUACUAGCAGAGACAACAGCAGGUUAAGUGAUAUCUCAAGAAAUGUUGGAAGUCAUAGUAGAAGUUGGUCAAAUAACAGAGCUGAUACAAGCACACUGAGGGGAAAUGGUUUCAGUAGGGAUGGUAAUUUAGGAAGUGCCAGUGACACUAGAAAAAAAAGUAGUGCUUUAAGUGACGAUGUUAACACAGCUGCAGGUAUGGUAACAACAGUGAAGCAGCGAGCAGUUCAAGGCCAGACUGUUCUUUUGCCAUGCCCGUCCAAAGGCUCCCCCCCAUCUCGUCUGGCCUGGCUCCUGCCUGGAAAUGGCAUGCUACCAGCUCCUUACUAUGGCAGCAGACUCACUGUGCACCGAAAUGGGUCAUUGGAGCUGCGGGGUGCACGAGCAAGUGAUAGUGGGAUUUUGGUUUGUGUAGUAAAACGUGAAAGAGGUGAGACAGUUAUUCGGGUGGAUUUGGAGGUGUCAGAGCAACCAGAAGAAUCCAGAUCUCUACAAAGACAACCAUUGAAGGAAAGACAUGAUGCAAAAAGUUUGAAUCCAGUGCAGUUCUCACCUUUAAGACCACAACAACCUUUACUGCACCUGCAGAGGAGCCUGAAUUCACCUGCUACACCUCGGCCACUGAACUCUCCACCAUCUGCUGGUCCUGCCUCUGAGCCCACAGUGAACAUCAGAAUAGCUCCUCUGUUCAGCAUCAUUAAUGGAGAGACCUUUCGCUUACCUUGCCUUGCUUCUCAAACCCAGGGAUCUCUGUCAUGGACUCUACCCAGUGGCAAAGUGCUGUUCAAGGGUGAGAUCCAUGACUCAGGCCAUUAUAUAGUGCAUGAAGAUGGAACACUAAUAGUGAAACAUGCCUCUGUGUUCGACCGAGGCAGCUACACUUGUAGAUCCUCCACUCUUGACUCAGUCUCAGUUGUUACAGUUCCUGUCAUUGUCAUUGCCUACCCUCCACGCAUCACAACAGGCCCCUCUCCUCUGACCUACACUCGCAGUGGGGUUGCUGUGGAACUUCCCUGCCUGACCAUAGCAACACCCCGGGCUACAGUUGUCUGGGAAACACCUGAGCUAACACAGCUGAGGGUGAUGGGUCAGCCUCGUAUUUAUGGCAACCGCUACCUAAGUCCCCAGGGUUCAUUGGUGAUACAGAACCCGACACAGAGGGAUACAGGAUAUUACAGAUGCACUGCCAAAAAUGUAAUUGGAGUGGACAGCAAGGCAACCUAUCUGCAUGUUAUUUAAAAUCAUAAAGCAAAACCACAACACUUACCCAUUCAAACAUGCAGCAGGGACACAGAGACCCCACCAGUUUGUUGUGUUGAAUGACUUCUUCCCUCAUGCCCAAAGGAACUGCAAAGGUCUGUGCCCGAGAUACUGCUGAAUCUCACACAGGACACUUCUAAUAUAAAUGUCCCAUUUAUGUAUCUCUAAUGUAUUGUAUUGUUGUCCAUAAUGUAUAUUUUAUACCUGAAGCUCAGAAUUUCCCAGCAAAGAGUGGUGUGCAUUUUCUCUGCAUUUACAAGUAAUUUGUAUUUAAAGAAAACUGUUCGCAGGAACACAUCCAAACAAAUGUUUGUGCCUUACUGUCUGUCUCAUUGGUUUGAAUCCCACUUGGAAAUUUUGCCCAUUCUAUUAUUGCGUAACAAAACAAAACAAAACAAAAAAAAAAAAAAAUCUAAAUUUAUACCCACCAUUCUUUUUAAGUAAACCAUGCUUUGGUUCCCCACUUCAUGCAAAAGUAAGUUUCAAAAUGCUCAAUGCAAAAAUAUAACAUCUGUUUCACUAUGUAUAUGUGCAAAGGCUGAAGCUUUUAAGAUUUUACCCUCAUUUGAAUGAUUAAAUGGUCAUUUCUUUUUGCACAGUUUCAGACUUGGUGAAUGCUCUGCUCAGUAAUAUAAAACCUAAUUAAGAGAGCUGCUUUCAUUACUUUACAUGACAGUUUUCUUGUAAAAACCAAUACUAAACUGCAAGUUAUACAGACUCUGUGCAGCAUCAAAUAAUGAGGAUGUUUUACUUCUCAUCUUUCUGCAGUGACAUUUGAGUUAAAUUUAAUGUUAAAUCAUAUAGUUUUAUUGAUCUGAUGUGAAUAGAAAAAUUAGUUUUUUUCAGAUUUUGAGGUUUGUGAGGGUUUAAAUUAUUGUGGUCCUGAUGUAGCAAACAGUAAGUCGGGCCUAGGAGAAUAAAUAGUUCCCUGCAGUCUUAAUAAAUGCAGACUUAUUAGGCCCAAGCACCGAAGGCCUAUUAAAAUGCUAGUUUGUGUUCUACUUGUUACACGUAUUAACACACAGAAUCCUUUAUAGAUAUACUGAUGAGGGACUUUAAAUCUAUACUAAAACUUCUUUAGGAGAUUGAACAUUUUUGUUAUCUUGUGAAUAAUGUUGCUAAACAUUGCAUCAGUGUGUUCUCACAGCUUUAAUGGGACAUCAUGACAUUUUGGAAAAAGUGUUAAUGUAAGCACAACAAUGACCCAGUCUUUGAAGACAUAAUAUUACUUAAGAUUUAAGAUUAUUUCGAUUAACGAUUGUGUAAAUGUUUGGGGUUUAAAAGCUAUGUUUGUGCACAAAGCCAGCAGUUCACAUCUCCUUGAUUUGGUCUUUAAUGUUUUCAUUGUCGCCUUAAAUUAUUUGUCUUGUAAAGACUCAGUCUUUCAUCUGUCUGAAGGGAGAAGUUAUUGUUAUACUGUCAUAAUGUUUGAUGUUUCAAAAGCCAAUGAUGAAUGCUCGCUUUAUUUUUUCACAAAUUCCUUUUAUAAAUAAAAAUUAAAGAGAAAUUGUUCACUGGA